AUGUCUAUCUCCUCCCAUUUACUCUCAUUGUCUUCUGCUGAGGCUAGCAUGGAGUCCGCUCUCAAUUUCCAGCGCGCGCGCGCGCGCUCUACAGCACCCACCUCCUACCGACCACCGCCUCCUUCGUUCACCACCGGAUUCUCCCCGUCCACCACCACCGAAUUCUCCCCAUUCUCCACCACCGGAUUCUCCCUGCUCAAAUCGAUUCUGCAGUCCUCCCACAUCCGCCAUGCACGCACGCCAUCACCCGAUCACAACGGCUUGCGAGCGAGCGAACGCAUGCAAAACACGGCGAUGGGUCAGCGGCGACGCAGGAGAAGGGCAGUCGUUGGGUCUCAGGGAGCGCGUAUCGUACCGGUGCGUGCGCUCGCGUCCCUCACCACCACGGCGUGCAAACACGCCGUGUCGUUCGUUCGCCGCUACCACAUUCCCCGCACCGAACGAGACAACUCCACCGCGUACGGCCACGCUAUCAUCGCCGUCAACGUAGCGUCACGAACGCGCGCACGUCUACAAGGCCGGCCCACCGUCGCCAGCGGCGCCGCAGCAGGAGCGCGAGGUGGGGAUCUCACGGAGCGCGUAGGUGGGCGAGAGCCGACGUAG